AUGACUGUAGAAGACGAGCACAAAUCCCAGAUGGACAUGACAGAAGACGCGGAGAAGGGCGAGGCCCGGCAGCAGCAAGAUAUGGUAUCUGAUAAUAGUGCUGCUAUAGAGUAUUCUGAUCGCGAGAAAGCUCUGGUCUGGAAGCAGGACCUCCGUGUCGUUCCUUUGGCCGCGUUUAUUUACCUACUCUGCUAUCUGGAUCGAUCGAAUAUUGGCAAUGCCAAAACUUUGAACGCCAAUACGCACAAUGACUUGGUCUCCGAGACCGGUGUUACUUCAUACCAGUAUACAAUUGCGCUUAUGGUCUUUCUGAUCGCAUACGCCCUCUUUGAGGUUCCCUCCAACUAUCUUCUGAAGAAGCUCAGGCCGAGCCACAACAUAGCGAUGGAUUGCUUUUUGAUGUUCUCCUGGGGUGCCAUCACAAUCGGCCUCGGGGCCGUUCACAAUUAUGGCGAGCUCUCAGGAGUUCGGUUUCUACUAGGCACAGUUGAAGCAGGCCUGUUUCCUGGUCUGGUUUACUAUUUGACAUUCUGGUAUCGCGUGUCGGAAAGAUCCCUGCGGGUAGCCUUGAUCCUGGCCUCGGCUACUCUAGCAGGUGCCUUUGGUGGUGCGAUUGCAUAUGGUGUGGGGCAGAUGAAUGGUGCCCACGGUUUGUCCGCAUGGAGGUGGCUCUUUUUUAUUGAAGGAGCGCCGUCCUGUGCAUCUGCGAUACUGGUCUGGUUCUUCCUACCGGAUUAUCCAGAGACAGCACACUGGCUCUCAUCCGAGGAAAAGGAACUUGCGAAAGAGAGACUGGCGCUUGAAGGCUCGCACGGUGAGGCAAGUGGGUUGACUUGGGAGGAAGCGAAGAAGACGCUGGUCGAUUGGCGAUUGUAUGCCCACUACGCGAUUUACUUCGGCAUCUCGACGCCAUUUUCGAGUCUUUCUCUAUUUACCCCAUCUAUCACGGCCGGUCUUGGGUUCUCGAACCUGCGUGCGCAGCUCAUGACGGUUCCUCCUUAUGCAACAGCAUAUGUGGUUACCAUUGCAGUGGCUUGGUCCGCUGACCAUUUCAAUGCUCGUGGCUUGCAUUCCACCUUAUUCGCCCUGGUGGGUGCGAUUGGCUUCCUCGCAUCCGCCCUCUUACCGGCCGGAUCAUAUGCUCAACGAUAUGGCUGCUUGAUUGUAGCAGCCAGCGGCAGCUUUGCUUGCAUUCCGCCCCUCCUUGGCUGGCUAUCAUCAAACAUGCAUUCGACCGCUGCCGCUGGACUGGCCAUUGCGCUGAAUAUCUCUUUUGGCGCACCCGGCCAGAUUGUUGGGGUCUGGAUCUACAAGGCAAACGAAAAGGCACAGGGAUAUCCUACCGGUCACUGGACCAAUGCUGCGCUGCUAUUUUUCGUUGCUGUUGGGUGCGUCUUGCUACGGAUCUACUAUGGGUUGUUGAACCGACGGGGUGCAACGGUCAAGCCAUAUUCAUAUUAA